UGCGAAAGCUAAAACAUGUUCGCGGAGACUCUCAUACUGUUGGCCACAUUGGCAAUUGUUUUUUACAUAUGGCAGAAGAGAAACUAUAGUUACUGGAAACGUCAUGGAAUAAAGUAUAUAAAGCCAUUGCCUCUUCUGGGUAAUAUGCGUAGUUCGUUAACUGGCAAAGCGCCGUUCUAUGAGCAAUUGAGUGAGCUUCAUAAUGAACAGGGCUUUGAGAAGGAACCCCUCAUAGGCAUCUAUAGGGCACAUCGUCCCUCUCUCUUGAUACGUGAUCUGGAACUGAUCAAGACGGUGAUGAUUAAGAAGUUUAAUUACUUCUCGGAUCGUGCUUUACAAACUGAUCCUCACAAUGAUACAUUGGGCUAUAAUAAUUUAUUCUUUAUACGUAAUCCUGAUUGGAGAGAACUUCGGGCAAAACUUUCGCCAGUUUUUACCAGUGGCAAGAUGAAACAAAUGUAUCCUUUGAUGGUGGAGGUAGCCAAAGAUCUGGAGACAAAUUUAUCGAGUCGUCAAAAUGGCUCCGAAUUAUCAAUUAAGGAUCUGUGUGCUCGUUUUACUACCGAUCUCAUAGCGACCAUUGCCUUUGGCGUCAAGGCGAAUUCAUUGACAACCUCGACUAGUGAAUUCUAUGCAGCGAAUCAGGCCAUUUUCGAAUUAUCCUUGGGGCGUGCCUUUGACUUUGCCAUCAUCCUAGUAUUGCCAGCAUUGGCCACUUUGGCCCGCACCAAAGUCUUUUCAAAGAAAACCACAAAGUUUAUAUCGGAAAGUAUCAACUAUGUUCUGGCUGAACGCGAAAGAACGGGUGUCAAACGUAACGAUCUAAUUGACACACUUUUGGCCAUGAAAAGGGAGGCUGCCCUCCAUCCAGAUAAGCCAAAUAGAGCCCGUGACAUUGACUACUUGGUGGCACAAGCGGCAGUCUUUCAAUUAGCUGGCUACGAGACGAGUUCAUCAACCAUGACUAUGGCCUUUUACGAAUUGUCUUUGAAUGAAGAAAUUCAGGAUCGUUUACGUCAAGAGAUCUCGGACUAUUUUGGGGAGGAGGAUCUUGUGGAGUAUGAGAAAAUACAGGAAAUGCCUUACCUAACCAAAGUGAUAAAUGAGACUAUACGCAAAUAUCCUGUGGUUCCGUACGUUGAACGCGAAUGCACUCAGCCAGCUCAAGGAGAGCGUUUCAAUCUGAAACCCCACUACGAUUUGGAAGUGCCCAAUGGAAUGCCUGUCUAUGUGUCUCUUCUGGCCAUUCAUCGUGAUCCACAGUAUUGGCCUCAACCCGAAAUAUUCGAUCCUGAGCGUUUCGAUCCUGCUAAUCGUCACAAUUUGAAUAUGGAUGCCUAUAUGCCCUUUGGCAUUGGUCCUCACAAUUGCAUUGGCAUGCGUUUGGGUCUUUUACAAUCCAAAUUGGGUCUUGUUCAUUUGCUUCGAAAUCAUCGGAUUGUAAGGAGUGAUAAGACUCUGAAAGACAUAGCAUUUAAUCCGCUAACUCCUAUUAUGUCAUCCAAAGAGGACAUUCUAUUAAGAUUAGAACGUCUUUAAAAGUCGAUUGUUAUAAGUUAAACGGUACAAUUUCAUGUUAAAUCUACAAUUAAAAUAGAUAUUAAUUAAUAUGCAAAAAUUAAACACUGGUGAAUGGUGAAAUUUGACAACUA